UGCUGGAGAUUAUUUUAGACCAAUCACAUAUUUGUUAGAGCCGAAUUUAUCUGGAAAUCGAGAGCGAAAUAUAAGCUACUCCAAAAUUUGGUCGAAUACAGACAUCUGUUUACGUUGUUGGCGAGCUUUUAGAUUCUGUGUGCUCGCUUCCUCUCACUCAAUACUAUGAUCAGCGCAAGAGGCUUGGGUCCCUAACAGAAGUGCUGGCCACUCCACAAAGUUCUUAGUUUCAUUACUCAAAUAUUGAAAAUCUCCUCAAAGAAAUUUCUCAUUUGCGUUUCUUACUACAAAACUUGCCCCUGUAUCAUCUGGAUUGCUUUUUGCAGCACCAUCGAAGUGAUUCAUUCAUGGUCAGAUCAUAUGUUGUUCUAUUUAAUCUACGAGGCUGGGGCAGGCCUGUGAUGACAGAUUGGUUGUAAUGGCAGAGAUCAGCAUUGGAGAUGUGAAGGAAACAGCUACUGAUAUAAGUCCUGAUGAAUAUGAAAUCAUUGUAAGUACUUUCAGUAAAAGGUUAGAGGCAUUUUAUUCAAGUUGGAGAGGUCGCAAGCAAGAGUCCUGGGGAGGUGCAGAAGCGAUUGCAGUGGCCACUCCUCCCACAUCUGAAGACUUGCUCUACUUGAAAUCAUCUGCUCUACAAAUAUGGCUUCUUGGAUGUGAGUUUCCAGAGACAAUCAUGAUCUUUUUAGAAACACAGAUCCAUGUUUUGUGUUAUCAGAAAAAACCAUCUUUGAUUGAAUCUAUAAAAAAGAUCUCAACAGAGUUUUUGGGUGUUGAUAUUUUCUUACAUGCAAUAUUAAAAGAUGACGAUGGAAGUUCUCAGAUGCAGGACAUAUUCCAAUCAAUUAGGAGUCAAUGCUCUAUGUUUCCCCCAGUCAUUGGCUGGAUUGCAAAAGAGGACCCAGAAGGACCACUUUUGAUAAGGUGGGGAGAAGCAUUAAAAGAUACAGGAUUUCAGCUUGUUGAUGUAAGUGUCAGUUUUUCAGAGCUAUUUGCUCAGAAGGAUGAGACAGAGAUAACAAAUGUAAAAAAGGCAUCAUUUUUGUCUGCUUCAGUUCUCAAGAAUUAUGUUGUGCCCAAACUUGAGGAGAUUAUAGAAGGGGAAAAGAAGGUAACUCAUUACACUCUUAUGGAGGAUACAGAAAAUGCCAUUCUUGAUCCUGGCAAAGCAAAUUUGAAAAUUGAACCAGAAAAUGUGGACAUUUGCUAUCCUCCUAUUUUUCAGAGUGGGGGAGUAUUUGACUUGAAGCCUGAUGCAGAAUCCAAUGAUGAUGACCUUUAUUAUGAUGCCAAAGGAGUCAUCAUCUGUUCUAUUGGGGCACGUUACAAUAGUUACUGCUCAAAUGUUGCGAGGACAUAUCUAAUUAAUGCUGAUAAGUUGCAGGGGAAAGCUUACAAGGUGUUACUAAGAGCUCAUGAAGCAGCAAUUAUGUCCCUACGGCCAGGAAACACUGCAGCUGCUUCUUAUAAGGCAGCAGUUGAAGUUGUUCAGAGAGAUGGUCCCGAAUUCCUUCCUCACAUGACCAAGAGUGUAGGAACUGGGAUUGGCAUUGAGUUAAGGGAAAUCAGAUUGAAUUUAAAUGCAAGAAAUGAAAGAGUUCUGAAUGUUGGGAUGGUCUUCAAUGUCAGUCUUGGGUUUCACAACCUACGGAUAGAAUCGGAUAAUCCCAAAACACGGUUCUUCUCUCUGUUGCUUUCUGACACAGUUAUUAUUAGGGAUGAAGGGCCAGAAAUUGCAACUGCUAUGUGCUCUAAAUCUGUUUCGGAUGUUCUCUACUCCUUUAAUGAUGAUGAAGAAGAAUCUGAAAUGAAACCAAACCCCAAAGUUGAUGCAAAUGGGACGGAAUCUAUUAUUUCAAACCUAAAGGUGAUUCCAAGUUCUGAUAAACAGGAGGCUACCAAAGAGGAGGUACAAAGACAACAUCAGGCUGAAGUAUCUCGACAAAAGAGUGAUGAGAAUGCAAGAAUGUUCACUGCAGGGAGUUCUGAUUCAAGUGAUUGCCAGGGUUCUCUUAAAUCUGCAUGUGACUUGGAAGCCUAUAAAAAUGUAGAUGACAUUCCUUCAUCAAAGGAAUUGAUGAUUCAGGUUGAUCACAAGAAUGAGGCUGUUUUGUUACCAAUAAAUGGCUUAAUGGUACCGUUUCACAUUGCCACAAUAAAGAGUGCUUCAAGUCAACAAGAUGGCGAUAUUUCUUAUAUACGCAUCCUUCUCAAUGCACCAGUCAGUGGGUUUAAUGCUAAUAAUGUUUUGCCUCAUAAAUUUCAAGGCUAUGUCUAUUUGAAAGAAUUAUCUUUCCGCUCAAAAGAUACAAGGCAUGUUAACCAGGUAGUCCAGCUAAUUAAAAAUUUGAGGCAUAAAGUAGUUCCAAGAGAAUCUGAGAAAGCUGAAAGAGCCACCCUGAUAACUCAAGAGAAGAUGCCAAUUUCAAAAACGAAGUCUAUCAUCUUAUCAGAUUUAUGCAUUCGACCUUCAUUUGGUGGCAGAGAAAGAAAAAUUAUUGGAACAUUAGAAGGUCACUCAAAUGGUUUUUGUUACUCAACCAUGAGGCAAGAAGAGAGACUAGAGGUUUCAUAUAGGAACAUCAAGCAUGCAUUAUUUCAGCCAGCAGAAAAGGAGAUGAUUACCUUGAUACAUCUCCAUCUUCAUAAACAUAUUAGAGUAGGGAGCAAGAAUACGAAGGAUGUCCAAUUUUAUGUUAUAGUGAUGGAUGCUGGUGCUACAUUAGGCACUGGCAGGAAAUCAAUCAAUGAUUCUGAUGAUCUGGAGGCAGAACAGCAAGGGAGGAAUAGGAAAAGCAAAGUAAAUGCAGAGUUUAAUACAUUCAUUAAGAGAAUAUCAGAGUUGUGGGAACAACCUCACUUGAAAGCUUUUAAUUUAAAUUUUGAUAUACCACAUAAAGAGUUUGGGUUCCAUGGUGUUCCCUUCAAGGACUCUGUUUUUAUUGUUCCUACAGACAACUGCUUGGUAGAGUUGAUAGAAUUUCCAUUCUUAGUAAUUACUCUCAGUAAUAUUGAAAUUGUGAACUUAGAGAGGGUAGGUAUUGGGAAAAAUAAUUUUGAUAUGACCAUUAUUUUCAAAGAUUUCAAGCAGGAAGCUUUCCGUAUUGAUGCCAUUCCCUCUGCAUCACUUGAUUGUAUCAAGGAUUGGCUGAAUUCUAAGAACAUAAAGUACUAUGAAAGUAAAAUGAAUUUGCACUGGCGACCAAUAUUAAAGACCAUUUUGGAGGACCCCAAGGAGUUUAUUCAAGAUGGUGGUUGGGAGUUUUUGAACCUUCAGAUUAGUGAUUCAGAUUUGGAUAAUUCGGAGUGUGAAGAAGGAUGCUAUCCAUCAGAAUUGGAGGAGUCAGAAUUGAACAAGGAGGACUCUGACAAUGCAUCUGUUGUAGGGUUUGAUGAUGAUAAGAAAGAGAACGAAUUAACAGAAGUUGAAGGCAAAAGAUGGGAUGAAGUAGUAGCUGAAAAAGGAAGCGUAGACAGAGAACAUGGGAAUGAGUCAGGCAAUGAAGACACAAGACGGAGCCACAAAGAAAAAUCUUCCACUAAGGCUCAACUCCCUAAUAUCAAAUAUUCAAAAGGAACAUCUGCAAAGAAACAAAAAAUAAGAUAAGCCCAACUGCACAUUUGUCAUAUUCAGAUUUUGACACAUUUAACCUUUUUCCUCUUAAUGAAGGUCUGUAUACUAGCAUCAAGCAUUUCUAAAAGAACUGCAUCACUUCUGCCUGAUAAUACAUAAAUUAGCAUAUGAAAAUUUACUCUCAAUUGUACACAUCUUUGCUGAUACGGGGUCUUCCAUUUUGAGUCCAUUUUCAGGAAUUCUUGAACUCCUUUAGGAAAAUGCUUGUCUAAAGGAUGCAGUUUAUAUAUCCUUUGUAAAUACUGAUCUAGCAUCUAUUGUUUAUUCAUUAUUGCUUAUUUCUUUCA